UGCCCGUUGGCGGCGCUGUGGCGCAUGCGUGCCGGCGCCUGGGCGGCCGGCGGGGCUUUUAAAGACACAGAGUCCCUUUUUCUGCCGGGCGUGGUGUGCAGCGCCGUGCAUCCUCUGGAGCCCGGCUCCGGGGACAGUCCUGGCCGCUCCUCGCCACCGCCCCCCCCUGCCGGUGCCCGCGUGGAGGAGGCUCCGGGGGACGGCGGCGGCGGGCCGGUCCCCGCAGCGGCGGCCGAUGGAGGCGGGCGCGGGCUGGCGCUGCCGGCCGGGCGGGCGGCUCGACAUGAGCCACGGCUUCGUGCGCCACAUCCGCCGCAACCAGAUCGCCAGGGACGCCUACGAGCGGGCGGUGCGGCAGGCCCGGGGACGGGCACGGAAGCGCCACACGCCGGCCCCGCCGCGGCCCCGCCGCCCCGACCAGCAGGUCUACCGGCCCCGCGGUCCCGAGGGGGUGGCACCGAGCCCGGGCGAGAGCAGCGCGGGUGCCACCGCCGCGGAUGCCCGCGGGCCCCGGCUCUUCUGCCUCGAGUACGAGGGGGACGACGGGAGCAUCACUGCCGUCAUCGUGCACCAGGAAGCGAAAGCGAAAGUGGCGCCACUGCUUCCCGGUGCUCACCAUGGCUCCGAGAACUCCGGGAAUGGGACCGCUCCGGAGGACGGCGGCAGCCGGAUCUGCCUGGACGUGCCGCCGCGGCCCGCCCCAGGGGCCUCCCCCCUCCCCCCCCCCGGCAGGAGGAACCCGCCAGGCCCGGUCCUGGUGCCACGGGAAGCCUCCCCACUUCCCCCCGCACACACCCCUCACCCCCCCCCCCCCCAGAGGCACCCCAGACCCCUAGGUCCUGCCUGGAAAUGUGGGUGCCCCCGGACACCCACCAAGCCUAGAGACACGGGUCUCACCAGCCCGGAUGCCUGGGCUCCCUCUGCCCCCUCCAUCUCAGAAACAUGGGUCUGCCCCCAACACUAGGUGCCACCCACACACCAGGCCUGGACCCCUGGGGUCCUCCCCCCACCCAGCCCCACAGAAGAGUGAUCCCCCCCCCAAACACCUGGAUCCACCCAGCACCACCAGAAAUGUAGGUGCCCCCGGUCUAGACCCCCAGGUGCCCCCCUCUACCCCGCAGGGAGGUGUGGGGCGGCCGUCCCUCCCCCCACCCUCAUCCCCUAACUGAGGCGCGGGCCCCCGGCAUGGCGCCGACUGACACACUGCGUCCUUUGUCCCCACCCGGCGCCAGCUGCCCUCCUGGCACGGCUCCCCCCGGCGCGGCGCAGUGCGGCACGGUGCCCGGCAGCCCCACACACGCCUCUCGUCCGGACUCGCUGUAUUGCCCGCGGACACGGGGAAACACAAGGAGACAGUGGCAGGGGGGAGGCACAGCACCCGGGCACCCGCCAGGCACCUUGGCCUCCCCGAAGGCACGCGCGGUGGACGCCUGGCAUGGCGCCUCUAGGUGGGGAUGACGCCCGUGGCGAGGAGGAUGAUGAGGAUGAGGAUGAUGGCGCCCACGAGGCCAAGGAUGAGCAGCAGCUUCAGGUUCUUCCACCAGUACUUGCGGGCCACCUUCUGCGACGUUGUCUUGAAAUGCU